AUGAGGAUCACCAAACCCGCGUUAGUGGAUGAGCAACUGGGUAAGCUCGGCGGGCUAGUAUCUCGCUGGCUAUCCGAUGAUGAUCUCUUUCCAAACCCGGAUAGCGAGGAGAAUACAACUAAGUCCGACGUUGGCUCAGGAUCGGGCGAGCCCAUUUCCUUGUUCCGCUUUGCAAUCGCACAAGAACGGAUCUGUCGCGUCAUGAGAAAAGCCGAACCUGUGCAUCUCUUGCGCUUUUUGCCGGUACGAUUUUUAGAUGACUUGUGCACGUGA